AUAAUUCUUGGUUGAGUGCAUUUGUAUCAAUAGAGUUGUUCAAGUGGAAAGCAACAAUAACUCGUGCUUUUGGCGCAACUUGUCAUUCGGUCAUCAAAACAUUCAAAAGUGAGGGUGUUCAAGUGAAAACAGGGACAACAUGACAUCCAUUUCUGUGGCCCAGCACCCCAAUAUAAUGGCGAGACACAGGGGGAACCAGUUCACGGGUAAGGAAAAUGUGGGUAGGGAGAACCAAGCUGUAAGGAAAGCGGGAGAAAUUGCCCAGGGGAAUGCAUUUGCCGACUUCAAAUUUACUGAAUUCAAGAAAGACGAAGGACUAAAGGAGAGACCUGGGUUAACUGAUGGGACAAACAGGCACGUCGGGUACGUUAACAAAAUCCGUCGGGAUUCAGUAAGUGGUAAACCCAAAGAGGUGAAAAAGGUUCCUUUAGUCAGGACACACAGUAAAGUCAGUUUCAAACCAGGGGGAAGGAAGCCGUCUGUUAGUGAGAAGAAACAAACUCGGUUCACAGUUCCAGUACCUAGCCAUGUUGUCCCUGAUGAUCACGAAUUAUCGCCUAUGGAUGUGGACUCGCCGAUGGUGAGAAUAAGAAGUGUAAUGACUCGAAAGCCACACGGUGUCCUUGACAUUGAUGCCAUUAAGGACCCUUUGACGUGCUCAGAAUAUGCCCAGGAUGUCAUUGAUUACCUCCAGAUGGUUGAGAGACGUUCAUCGUUUCCAGAGAAGUACCUCCAGCAGAAGGGUAGCGAUGUGACACCUCAUAUGAGAACAGUGCUUAUGGAUUGGCUCAUACAAGUACAGGUUCAUCAAGAUUUAUCCCAGCAUACUCUGCACCUGUGCGUGAAUCUGAUAGACAAGUUCCUCUCCAUUCAGAACGUCAUGCUCGACACACUGCAACUUCUUGGUAUAACUUCGCUCCUCAUUGCUGCCAAGUAUCAUGAAAGAUUUCCGCCAGAGAUCUGUGACCUGUGUCACCUUACAGACGGAACGUAUGAACCUAGUCAAGUUCUCAAAAUGGAACGCUACAUACUGAAGAAAUUGAACUUUGACCUCAAUAUUCCUGGACCCGUCAUAUUCUUGGAGAGAUUUCUUCUUGUGAACCAAUGCGAAAAGAAAAUGUUGAUCCAGAGUAUGUCGAUGUAUUUGCUUGAUUUAACCCUGACGGAGGCCACGUUUGUCCAUUUUUACCAUUCUCUGCUAGCAGCCAGCGCCAUCUAUAUCUCGCGAGAACUCUUGGGAUGUGACGUACUCUGGGAUCAAGCGUUUGCACACUACACCAAAUAUUCGGAGAACGACCUGAGUGAGUGUGUGAGAGCAAUGAAACGAACACUCUCAAAACUGAACAAGUCAAAGUUCACGGGUGCCAAGCAGAAGUACGCUCACCAUGAUUUCCACAGUAUCAGCAAACACAGGGUACUUAUCCCAGCCGAGUUGUGGCCCGAACACGAGCACGAGCAUGAGGAUCACGAGAAACUCAAGUCCAAUGAGACCCUCAUUAUGUGAGACAGCUGUUCCAAUAUGAUCAGUUCUGUAUAUCUGAAAUAACAAUAGCCUUUGAUGGCCUGACUGAAAAUAUAUUUUUGUUGCACUAAUCACGUACUUAAAAGAUGAGGCAAUAAUUUUACCAGCCUUGCCGUACAUUUUGUCCAUCGCUCAUAAAGAAGAAUUAACAGCAAUGACCAUCAUGGACUCUACAACGAGUAUUUCACUAUUCGAAAACGAGACCAUAUUUAUGUUAGCUGUGAAAAGUUUAUUAUAAGCAGUAUUUCUGAUUGAUAUUGGCGUUUGCAAAUGUGUAUUAGAGAGCGAAAAAGUCACAGCUCUAUACAUUGAUGUUUGUUCUUCCUGGUUCGUGUUUGAUUUUGUUGUAUCUAUAUUUGUGUUCUACACUUCUUUCAGUUUCUACAUUGUUUCUAUUUAUGAUAUCUGUAUG